AUGGUAACUUCUGAAAAAGGAGAAACCAGUUCUCGAACCUUAUCUGGGCUGACAGCAAGUUCCACCAUAGAAAAUGAGUCAACAUCUGUCUCUUCAUCCAAAGAUUCUGCACCUACAGAAACAUCCAAACCACUACCAAGCACCCCUGCUUCGUCAUUAUCAACUAGUUAUUUGCCUUCAAUGGUGAUAUCUGAAAAUGGAGAAACCAUCUCUUACUCCAUAUCGGAGCCGACAACAAGUUUGGUUGCUGAAAGCGAGUUAAACUCUGUGUCUUCAAACACAAAAUCUUUAGCGACAUCCACAUUACUAACAAGCAAUCCUGGCUCAUCAUCUACAGAUGCAGCCACUUUGUCACCUACAGAAACAUCCAUACCACUAACCAGCACCCCUGCUUCAUCAUCAUCCACUAGUUAUUUGCCUUCAAUGGUGACAUCUGAAACACCACUAACAAGCACCCCUGACUCAUCAAGGUCUACUAGUUCUUUGCCCUCAAUGGCAACUUCUGAAACAGGAGAAACCAGUUCUCAAACAGUAUCUGGGCUGACAGCAAGUUUGGCCAUGGAAAGUGAGUCAACAUCUGUGUCUUCAUCCAAAGACUCUUCACCUACAGAAACAUCCAUACCACUAACAAGCACCUCUGCUAUAUCAUCAUCCACUAGUUCUUUGCCUUUAAUGGUGACAUCUGAAAAAACUGAAACGAGCUCUAACUUUGUAUCGGAGCCAACAACAAGUUCUGUUGCUGAAAGUGAGUUAACUUCUUACUCUUCAUACACCGAAUCUUCAGUGACAUCAACACUACUAACAAGCACCACUGACUCAUUAUCAUAUACUAGUUCUUUGCCCUCAAUCGAAACUUCUGAAACAGUCGAAACCAGCUCUAGAACAGUAUCUGGGCCGACAGCAAUGGAAAGUGAGUCAACCUCUGUCUCUUCAUCCACAGACUCUUCACUUACGGCGACGUCUAUACCAUUAACAAGCACCCCUGCCUCAUCAUCAUCCACUAGUUCUUUGCCUUCAAUAGUGACAUCUGAAAAAAUAGAAACCAGCUCUAGAACAGUAUCUGGGCCGACAGCAAGUUCCACCAUGGAAAGUGAGUCAACCUCUGUCUCUUCAUCCAUAGACACUUCACCUACAGAAACGUCCAUACCACAAUCAAGCACCCCUACUUCAUUAUUGUCCUCUAGUUCUUUGCAUUCAAUGAUGACAUCUGAAAAAAGAGAAAACAGCUCUAACUCUGUAUCAGAGCUGACAACAAGUUCUGUUGCUGAAAGUGAGAUAUCCUCUGUAUCUUCAUACACAGAAUCUUUAGUGACAUCCACACCACUAACAAGCACCCCUGACUCAUCAAGGUCUACUAGUUCUUUGCCCUCAAUGGUAACUUCUGAAACAGGAGAAACCAGUUCUCAAACAGUAUCUGGGCUGACAGCAAGUUUGGCCAUGGAAAGUGAGUCAACAUCUGUGUCUUCAUCCAAAGACUCUUCACCUACAGAAACAUCCAUACCACUAACAAGCACCUCUGCUAUAUCAUCAUCCACUAGUUCUUUGCCUUUAAUGGUGACAUCUGAAAAAACGGAAACCAGCUCUAACUUUGUAUCGGAGCCAACAAGUUCUGUUGCGGAAAGUGAGUUAACUUCUUACUCUUCAUACACCGAAUCUUCAGUGACAUCAACACUACUAACAAGCACCACAGACUCAUUAUCAUAUACUAGUUCUUUGCCCUCAAUCGAAACUUCUGAAACAGUCGAAACCAGCUCUAGAACAGUAUCUGGGCCGACAGCAAGUUCCACCAUGGAAAGUGAGUCAACCUCUGUCUCUUCAUCCACAGACUCUUCACUUACAACACCACUAACAAGCACCCCUGACUCAUCAAGGUCUACUAGUUCUUUGCCCUCAAUGGUAACUUCUGAAACAGGAGAAACCAGUUCUCAAACAGUAUCUGGGCUGACAGCAAGUUUGGCCAUGGAAAGUGAGUCAACAUCUGUGUCUUCAUCCAAAGACUCUUCACCUACAGAAACAUCCAUACCACUAACAAGCACCUCUGCUAUAUCAUCAUCCACUAGUUCUUUGCCUUUAAUGGUGACAUCUGAAAAAACUGAAACCAGCUCUAACUUUGUAUCGGAGCCAACAACAAGUUCUGUUGCUGAAAGUGAGUUAACUUCUUACUCUUCAUACACCGAAUCUUCAGUGACAUCAACACUACUAACAAGCACCACUGACUCAUUAUCAUAUACUAGUACUUUGCCCUCAAUCGAAACUUCUGAAACAGUCGAAACCAGCUCUAGAACAGUAUCUGGGCCGACAGCAAGUUCCACCAUGGAAAGUGAGUCAACCUCUGUCUCUUCAUCCACAGACUCUUCACUUACAGUGACUUCCAUACCACUAACAAGUACCCCUGCCUCAUCAUCAUCCACUAGUUCUUUGCCUUCAAUAGUGACAUCUGAAAAAACAGAAACCAGCUCUAACUCUGUAUCAGAGAUGACAACAAGUUCUGUUGCGGAAAGUGAGUUAAGCUCUGUUUCUUCAUACACAGAAUCUUCAGUGACAUCAACACUACUAACAAGCACCACUGACUCAUUAUCGUAUACUAGUUCUUUGCCCUCAAUCGAAACUUCUGAAACAGUAGAAACCAGCUCUAGAACAGUAUCUGGGCCGACAGCAAGUUCCACCAUGGAAAGUGAGUCAACCUCUGUCUCUUCAUCCAUAGACACUUCACCUACAGAAACGUCCAUACCACAAUCAAGCACCCCUACUUCAUUAUUGUCCACUAGUUCUUUGCAUUCAAUGAUGACAUCUGAAAAAAGAGAAAACAGCUCUAACUCUGUACUAACAAGCACCCCUGACUCAUCAAGGUCUACUAGUUCUUUGCCCUCAAUGGUAACUUCUGAAACAGGAGAAACCAGUUCUCAAACAGUAUCUGGGCUGACAGCAAGUUUGGCCAUGGAAAGUGAGUCAACAUCUGUGUCUUCAUACAAAGACUCUUCACCUACAGAAACAUCCAUACCACUAACAAGCACCUCUGCUAUAUCAUCAUCCACUAGUUCUUUGCCUUUAAUGGUGACAUCUGAAAAAACUGAAACCAGCUCUAACUUUGUAUCGGAGCCAACAACAAGUUCUGUUGCUGAAAGUGAGUUAACUUCUUACUCUUCAUACACCGAAUCUUCAGUGACAUCAACACUACUAACAAGCACCACUGACUCAUUAUCAUAUACUAGUUCUUUGCCCUCAAUCGAAACUUCUGAAACAGUCGAAACCAGCUCUAGAACAGUAUCUGGGCCGACAGCAACAAGCACCCCUGCCUCAUCAUCAUCCACUAGUUCUUUGCCUUCAAUAGUGACAUCUGAAAAAACAGAAACCAGCUCUAACUCUGUAUCAGAGAUGACAACAAGUUCUGUUGCGGAAAGUGAGUUAAGCUCUGUUUCUUCAUACACAGAAUCUUCAGUGACAUCAACACUACUAACAAGCACCACUGACUCAUUAUCGUAUACUAGUUCUUUGCCCUCAAUCGAAACCUCUGAAACAGUCGAAACCAGCUCUAGAACAGUAUCUGGGCCGACAGCAAGUUCCACCAUGGAAAGUGAGUCAACCUCUGUCUCUUCAUCCACAGACUCUUCACUUACGGCGACGUCUAUACCAUUAACAAGCACCCCUGCCUCAUCAUCAUCCACUAGUUCUUUGCCUUCAAUAGUGACAUCUGAAAAAAUAGAAACCAGCUCUAACUCCGUAUCAGAGAUGACAACAAGUUCUGUUGCUGAAAGUGAGUUAAGCUCUGUCUCUUCAUACACAGAAUCUUCAGUGACAUCCACACCAUUAAUAAGCACCACUGACUCAUCAUCUUAUUCUAGUUCUUUGCCCUCAGUGGUAACUUCUAAAACAGGAGAAUUGAGCUCUAGAACAGUAUCAGGGCCAACAACAAGUUCCGCCAGGGAAAGUGAGACAACCUCUGUCUCUUCAUCCAUAGACACUUCACCUACAGAAACGUCCAUACCACAAUCAAGCACCCCUACCUCAUUAUUGUCCACUAGUUCUUUGCAUUCAAUGAUGACAUCUGAACAAAGAGAAAACAGCUCUAACUCUGUAUCAGAGCUGACAACAAGUUCUGUUGCUGAAAGUGAGAUAUCCUCUGUAUCUACACCACUAACAAGCACCCCUGACUCAUCAAGGUCUACUAGUUCUUUGCCCUCAAUGGUAACUUCUGAAACAGGAGAAACCAGUUCUCAAACAGUAUCUGGGCUGACAGCAAGUUUGGCCAUGGAAAGUGAGUCAACAUCUGUGUCUUCAUCCAAAGACUCUUCACCUACAGAAACAUCCAUACCACUAACAAGCACCUCUGCUAUAUCAUCAUCCACUAGUUCUUUGCCUUUAAUGGUGACAUCUGAAAAAACUGAAACCAGCUCUAACUUUGUAUCGGAGCCAACAACAAGUUCUGUUGCUGAAAGUGAGUUAACUUCUUACUCUUCAUACACCGAAUCUUCAGUGACAUCAACACUACUAACAAGCACCACUGACUCAUUAUCAUAUACUAGUUCUUUGCCCUCAAUCGAAACUUCUGAAACAGUCGAAACCAGCUCUAGAACAGUAUCUGGGCCGACAGCAACAAGCACCCCUGCCUCAUCAUCAUCCACUAGUUCUUUGCCUUCAAUAGUGACAUCUGAAAAAACAGAAACCAGCUCUAACUCUGUAUCAGAGAUGACAACAAGUUCUGUUGCGGAAAGUGAGUUAAGCUCUGUUUCUUCAUACACAGAAUCUUCAGUGACAUCAACACUACUAACAAGCACCACUGACUCAUUAUCGUAUACUAGUUCUUUGCCCUCAAUCGAAACCUCUGAAACAGUCGAAACCAGCUCUAGAACAGUAUCUGGGCCGACAGCAAGUUCCACCAUGGAAAGUGAGUCAACCUCUGUCUCUUCAUCCACAGACUCUUCACUUACGGCGACGUCUAUACCAUUAACAAGCACCCCUGCCUCAUCAUCAUCCACUAGUUCUUUGCCUUCAAUAGUGACAUCUGAAAAAAUAGAAACCAGCUCUAACUCCGUAUCAGAGAUGACAACAAGUUCUGUUGCUGAAAGUGAGUUAAGCUCUGUCUCUUCAUACACAGAAUCUUCAGUGACAUCCACACCAUUAAUAAGCACCACUGACUCAUCAUCUUAUUCUAGUUCUUUGCCCUCAGUGGUAACUUCUAAAACAGGAGAAUUGAGCUCUAGAACAGUAUCAGGGCCAACAACAAGUUCCGCCAGGGAAAGUGAGACAACCUCUGUCUCUUCAUCCAUAGACACUUCACCUACAGAAACGUCCAUACCACAAUCAAGCACCCCUACCUCAUUAUUGUCCACUAGUUCUUUGCAUUCAAUGAUGACAUCUGAACAAAGAGAAAACAGCUCUAACUCUGUAUCAGAGCUGACAACAAGUUCUGUUGCUGAAAGUGAGAUAUCCUCUGUAUCUUCUUCAUCCACAGACACUUCACUUACAGUGACGUCCAUACCACUAACAAGCACCCCUGCCUCAUCAUCAUCCACUAGUUCUUUGCCUUCAAUAGUGACAUCUGAAAAAACAGAAACCAGCUCUAACUCUGUAUCAGAGAUGACAACAAGUUCUGUUGCGGAAAGUGAGUUAAGCUCUGUUUCUUCAUACACAGAAUCUUCAGUGACAUCAACACUACUAACAAGCACCACUGACUCAUUAUCGUAUACUAGUUCUUUGCCCUCAAUCGAAACUUCUGAAACAGUAGAAACCAGCUCUAGAACAGUAUCUGGGCCGACAGCAAGUUCCACCAUGGAAAGUGAGUCAACCUCUGUCUCUUCAUCCAUAGACACUUCACCUACAGAAACGUCCAUACCACAAUCAAGCACCCCUACUUCAUUAUUGUCCACUAGUUCUUUGCAUUCAAUGAUGACAUCUGAAAAAAGAGAAAACAGCUUCGAAACCAGCUCUAGAACAGUAUCUGGGCCGACAGCAAGUUCCACCAUGGAAAGUGAGUCAACCUCUGUCUCUUCAUCCACAGACUCUUCACUUACGGCGACGUCUAUACCAUUAACAAGCACCCCUGCCUCAUCAUCAUCCACUAGUUCUUUGCCUUCAAUAGUGACAUCUGAAAAAAGAGAAACCAGCUCUAACUCCGUAUCAGAGAUGACAACAAGUUCUGUUGCUGAAAGUGAGUUAAGCUCUGUCUCUUCAUACACAGAAUCUUCAGUGACAUCCACACCAUUAAUAAGCACCACUGACUCAUCAUCUUAUUCUAGUUCUUUGCCCUCAGUGGUAACUUCUAAAACAGGAGAAUUGAGCUCUAGAACAGUAUCAGGGCCAACAACAAGUUCCGCCAGGGAAAGUGAGACAACCUCUGUCUCUUCAUCCAUAGACACUUCACCUACAGAAACGUCCAUACCACAAUCAAGCACCCCUACCUCAUUAUUGUCCACUAGUUCUUUGCAUUCAAUGAUGACAUCUGAAAAAACAGAAACCAGCUCUAACUCUGUAUCAGAGAUGACAACAAGUUCUGUUGCUGAAAGUGAGAUAUCCUCUGUAUCUUCAUACACCGAAUCUUCAGCGACAUCAACACUACUAACAAGCACCACUGACUCAUUAUCGUAUACUAGUUCUUUGCCCUCAAUCGAAACUUCUGAAACAGUAGAAACCAGCUCUAGAACAGUAUCUGGGCCGACAGCAAGUUCCACCAUGGAAAGUGAGUCAACCUCUGUCUCUUCAUCCAUAGACUCUUCACUUACAGUGACGUCCAUACCAAUAACAAGCACCCCUGCCUCAUCAUCAUCCACUAGUUCUUUGCCUUCAAUAGUGACUUCUGAAAAAACAGAAACCAGCUCUAACUCUGUAUCAGAGAUGACAACAAGUUCUGUUGCUGAAAGUGAGCUAUCCUCUGUAUAUUCAUACACCGAAUCUUCAGCGACAUCAACACUACUAACAAGCACCACUGACUCAUUAUCGUAUACUAGUUCUUUGCCCUCAAUCGAAACUUCUGAAACAGUAGAAACCAGCUCUAGAACAGUAUCUGGGCCGACAGCAAGUUCCACCAUGGAAAGUGAACUCUUCACUUACGGCGACGUCCAUACCAUUAACAAGCACCCCUACCUCAUCAUCAUCCACUAG